AAUGCUUCAGCUCGCGUGCGGAGCGUCUCGUUCCUGUCGUUUGCCUUUCCAUCGUGAUUUGAAGGGCUCCAGAGAGCUCGAUGGUCGAGAGAGCGGCUUCAGUUCAAGGCGAUACGUUUCAGAAUUAAAAGGAUUGGGAUUGGCCAAACAGUCCACUAUCAAAAUGGAAGUACCUGUAUUGAAGAACCCUAUGUCCUUGUGCUCUACUCCAGAGAACUGUGAGUCCCAAAGCAGCGGCAGCGGCUCUAGCUCAGGAAAACAGCCAAUGAGUGCAACCCUUCGAGAACGGUUGAAGAAAGCAAGACGGUCCUUUAAUUCAACUUUCACUGUAGCAAAGCGUCUUAAAAUCAGUGAAGAAAAUGACUGUGUUACUGAUGAAGAUACAACUUUACCUAAAAAAGGACCAUGUUACAUAUCACAGUAUGAAGGCAAACAGUUGGAAAAAGUUUCUGACAAAAUCAUGUGUAUGAAAAGUGAUCUGCAAGCUACAGAGCUUUGUGAGUCUGAAUAUAAUGGAUGCAGUAAAACUGGACAGGAUUCUCCACAAGUUACUUUGUUAGAAACUAAUUGCAGUCACUGGGAACUACUGGAGGAGAAGAUGAAAUUGGUUAAGAGGAUUCAGGAAAAGGAGGAAAUUCUUCGAAGACUUAAGCUGGUCAAGAUGUACAGAUCAAAGAAUAACCCGACAGAACUGCAGUCUCUGAUAGUAAAAUGGCGAGGUAGUUCCCAAACAAUGCUAUAUGAACUACAGUCUGCGUUGUCUACAGAUGGCAAGAAAUUAAGUAUUACAGAGCUGAUAGACAAUUUUAGACUAGAUGACCAACUGCUACAUUAUUUGAGAACAGAAGAAGAUUUUACAGAUGCAUAACUACAAACAACUAAUUUUUUUUUAAGGUUAACAUCUGUGUUUCGUGUUGUUUAACUGGACUAGUCAAAGAACUGUGAUGUUAUGCAGUGAAGACUAGAAGAAACAAGUUUCUAAGUAAAGCUAAUCCUUUUAUUUAUGUGGUGAAAACAUUUUCAAAUAUGAAAAAGAAACUGGCUGUAUUGUAGCAACUUUCAUACUUUUGGAAGGUUAGAUCUGUGUUACUUAUAAUGAAAUUAAAAACUUUUUUUCUUUAGCCCAGAAUAUAUACAGGCUUUAGUGCAAUGCUGUUUCAAAUUCUGUUUGACCUGUAAGUAUUUACGGAGUAUGAAAUGUUUUCAAUACGGAGUUUCAUUUGCUUGUGUGUUUGUGUGUGUAUAUAUAGAACACAGUCAUCUGUGCUCUCUCUCUCUAUUAAAUUGUAAAGUUGAAUGUAUAUUAAAUUGUAAAGUUGAGUGUAUAGUUCUUCUAUACCCCAAUAUCAGGAAAGGGACAGCAUCUAUCCAAAUACUGAUUGAUUUUUAUACUGCAAAAAGCAGUUUCAUGGUUUUGCUUAUAGUAAACUUGCGGCCUGCUCCUAUCAGCGGUUACUCAUUAAGUCCCCCUUUGCUCAUUAAGACUUAUGUUUAGGAUUGAAGUAUUCAGUAAUUAAAACAUAUUAG